AUGCUUUUCAACGAUAAAACUCAACUCGAACAACAACCCAACUCUUUUGUACCAAUCAGUCUAAUUCUGAUUGAAGAAUCGGAUAAUCAAUCAUCACCAACAGUAGUUGCUCAUGCCAAACUCAUCCAAUCUCAACAAAGUACUUUUAUCAUUGAAACAGUAGUAACAAGAAAAGACAAAAGAGGUUCGGGAUUGGGUCGUAGAGUAAUGGACGAAUUAUGCAGCUACGCCAAAACACAUCUCCCUCAAGGCUCAACUCUCUAUCUCAGCACAAAAAUCCCAACGUUCUAUGAAAAGUGUGGAUUUGAAAGAUGUGAGGCUCCCGAAUCAUUUGGAAAAGUGUGUUCCUCUCUCAAUACUCAACAAAUACAUUCCUUAUCGAAUAUGUUGGCAAAGAGAUUCCCCCUACAACCACCUCCUUCAUCUCAAGGAGCUACAACCACCUCUUCCGAGACUACCUCUGAUGUAUGGCUCAAAAAGAUAAUCCAUUCAUAA